GCAAGAUUGCUUGUGAUAUAACCGAGAGUGUUUAGAAGUGCUGACUAUGAAGCCAAUCAGUACGAUAGAAGAGAUACUUGAAGUGGAGCUUCAAAAAGAUGACAACAAUUCGAUAUAUGUGGUCAAUGCAAUCAUCAAAGAUUAUAAACCAAAGCCUAUAGAAAAAUGGGUAUGGAAAUGGUGUGAUACAUGCCAAAAGAGAUUUGAUACAGAGAACCACAGUACAACCUGUCCAAUCUGUGACGCAGCGUUUGAAUACGUAUUCCAGAUUGCUUUUCUAUUAGAGAAUAAUGGUUUGGUCUUACUCGCUUAUGCAUUCAACCAACAUUGCAAAAACCUAUUCCCUAAUUAUACCCCAAAGGAAGUAUACGAAAAUGAAGCAAAGAGAAGAGAACUAGAAAUCAUGGUAAGCUCACUUUGCAAUGGAAGACAAUUCAGGAUUGGAUUAAAAUCCUAUCGUAAUCCAAGAGAAGAGUUGAGCUUUGCAAUUGUGAAUACCAAGUUCAUUAUUGAAUAAAAAAAAAUCCUCAUUACUAUCCUGGAAAAGAUGCACAGAAAAAAAAAAUCCAUAUAUGGCCGAUUACCCG